CCCAGAGCAGAUGGCGAGGGGCAUGGAGAAGCCACCGCAGCCUUCGGAAAAGCAAAUCGUGUCCGGGGCCAAAGACCUGGUGUGCUCCAAGAUGACUAAGACCAAGGACAGCAUCUCUUCUGGGGUGGCCAACGUGGUGGACGCGGCUAAGGGAGCGGUCCAGGGAGGCCUGGACACCACCCGAUCUGCACUCACAGGCACCAAGGACGCAGUGUCCAGUGGGGUCAUGGGGGCAGUGGGCAUGGCCAAAGGGGUUGUCCAAGGUGGUCUGGACACCUCAAAGGCUGUCAUCACUGGAACCAAAGACACAGUGUCCACUGGGGUCAUGGGGGCAGUGAAUGUGGCCAAAGGAACUGUCCAGACUGGCGUAGACACCACCAAGACUGUGCUGACAGGCACCAAGGACACCGUCUGCAGUGGGGUGACCGGUGCUGUGAAUGUGGCCAAAGGGGCUGUCCAAGGCGGCCUGGACACCACCAAGUCUGUGGUCACAGGUACGAAAGACGCAGUGUCCACGGGGGUGAUGGGGGCAGUGAACAUGGCCAAAGGAACCGUCCAGACAGGUGUGGACACCACCAAGACCGUGCUGACUGGCACCAAGGACACCGUCUAUAGUGGAGUGACCAGUGCCAUGAAUGUGGCCAAAGGAACUCUCCAGACUGGCCUGGACACCAGUAAGACGGUGCUGACUGGCACCAAAGACACAGUGUCCACUGGGGUCAUGGGGGCGGUGAACUUGGCCAAAGGGACUGUUCAGACUGGCGUGGACACCACCAAGACCGUGUUGACAGGUACCAAGGACACCGUCUGCAGUGGGGUGUCCAGUGCGGUGAACGUGGCCAAAGGGGCCGUCGACGGUGGCCUGGACACCACCAAGUCUGUGGUUAUGGGCACCAAAGACGCAGUGUCCACUGGGCUCACUGGUGCCAUGAACGUGGCCAAAGGGACUAUCCAGGGGGGCCUGGACACCACCAAGACUAUGCUGACUGGCACCAAAGACACAGUGUCCACUGGGGUCAUGGGGGCAGUGAAUUUGGCUAAAGGAACCAUCCAGACCGGUGUGGAAACCACCAAGACUGUCCUGACAGGUACCAAGGACACCAUCUGCAGUGGGGUGACCGGAGCCAUGAAUGUAGCCAAAGGGACUGUCCAGACAGGCGUGGACACCACCAAAGCUGUCCUAACUGGUAGCAAGAACACCCUCAGCAGUGGGGUGACUGGUGCCAUGAACGUGGCCAAAGGGGCCAUCCAGGGGGGCCUGGACACCACCAAGACUGUGCUGACCGGCACCAAAGACACAGCGUCUGCUGGGCUCACUGGGGCAGGCAAUGUGGCCACGGGGGCUGUCCACACUGGCCUCAGCACCAUCCGGAACUGGUUACCUGGUACCCAGGACACCGUGUGGGGUCAACACUCCAGUUGCAGGACCACAGACAACGGAGGGGAACAGACCACCCUGAGCCCCCAAGAGGCCCCGACCGUGGGGGUCUCCGGCCCUCCAGCCUCGCUCCGUGCAGGCCUGGAGCUUGCCCAGGAAGCCACAGCCGCCACCAAGGGCCUUGCAUGUGAUGUGGCCACAUUUCCCCAAGAAGCUGCCCCAGGCAUGGGGGAUGUGGGGCACCUGGCAGCCACGUGUGGCCCCAAAGGAGCCACGGGCUUUGCGGCACUGCAGGACGAGUUGGAGGGGAUGGGGGAGAUCUUCCACCCCAUGAGCGCCACGGAGCAAGCUGAGCUGGCUGCCUCCGGGCCCGGGCCGAAGGUGCUCUCAGCUGACCAGGGAAGCUACUUCGUCCGCUUAGGUGACCUGACCCCCAGCUUCCGCCAGCGCGCAUUUGAACACGCCGUGAGCCACCUGCAGCACAGCCAGUUCCAAGCCAGGGAUGCCCUGGCGCAGCUGGAGGACUGCUGCAGCCUGAUUGAAGAGGCCAAACAGGCUCCGGACAGGCAGCCCCUGCGUCUGGACCCGGGCUCGAGCGCCAGCGUGGAAGACACUGGUACCCAAGAGGAGCAGGACGCCAGGGUUCUGUCCAGGGUCUGCGGCCUUGCCCGGCAGCUGCACACGGCCUACAGCGGCCUGGCCUCCAGCCUCCAGGGCCUGCCCGCGGAGCUCCAGCAGCGGGUCGGGCGGGCGCGGCACAGCCUCUGCGAGCUCUACGGCAUCCUGUCUUCCGCUGGCUGCGUGGAGGAGCUGCCCGCAGAGCACCUGGCCCGGAGUCGCGAGAGCGUGCGCCAGGCGUGGCAGGGGCUGGAAGCGCUGCUGGAGGACGUGCAGCACAGCCCCCCUCUCAGCUGGCUGGUGGGGCCCUUUGCCUCAGCCCCGGCUGGGCAGCACCUGUAGGUCCCGCAGACCAGGGCAUGGGGGCCUCCCUGCCCACCCGAGCA